AUGGUGGACUGCAAACAAAAUCAUUGGGCGAAGAACGAUUCCCCUGAAGUUCUUCCAUCAUUGAUCAAAGUUAGUACUGCACGUGAAGUGGCUGGUUUCGAUGCUGUUAAACAGCCUGAUGAUGUAAACGAUGGAUUCAAAUCAAAUGGCUUUCAUCUUUCUGACUCGUCGCCUAAGGGAACUGAAACAGUUGGUGUAGAAUGGCAAAAUGAUCUUUCUAACCCUCAAAGGAUGCAUUUUGUUUCCAUUAGCAUGCCAACUUCUCCCGUUGGAGUUCAUUUACAUAACACAAAAAGGGGUGUCUUUGAAUAUAAUGAUGGAGCAAUUAUCGGCGAUGAUAUUCCCAGAUCCACCUUUGCAUCCAAACAUAAUAGACAGACCAAAUUUUAUUCUCAGCCGAUUCCAAAAGGUCAAGUAGUUAAUGAGGCCAUUUCUAGUGGAAAAUCUCCCAAUGAUCCAGACCUUCCACCAAAGAAUCCUAAGAUCGAUUUGCAUAAGGAUAAAAGAUUCGACUCUUUCAAGACAUGGUCGGGAAAACUUGAGGGGCAAAUAUCAAAUUUGAGUGGAAAGUGUAGGGAAACUGAGCUAGACCUUGAGACUCAGAGACCUGCAGAAGUUGAAAUUUUACCAGCAGACCGUUACUUUGAUGCAUUAGAGGGGCCGGAAUUGGAUACCUUGCGGGCUUCUGAAGAAAUACUUCUUCCAAAAGAUAAGAAAUGGCCGUUCCUUCUACGCUUCCCUAUCUCUUCCUUUGGUAUUUGUCUUGGCAUUAGCAGCCAAACCAUAAUGUGGAAAGCCCUGGCGACUUCUGCUUCUACUAGGUUCCUCCAUGUAAACCCGGACAUAAAUCUGGUCCUGUGGUGCGCAUCUCUCGCUCUAGUGGCAAUUGUCUCUUUUACUUACUGUCUGAAAGUGAUUUUUUACUUCGAGGCAGUUCGUCGUGAGUACUACCAUCCAGUUCUUGUUAACUUCUUCUUUGCUCCGUGUAUUGCCCUUUUGUUCUUGGCCCUCGGAGUUCCUCCAUCAGUUUCUCAAAAGCUGCCCCAGUCUCUUUGGUACAUUCUUAUGGCCCCCGUCUUUUGCCUCGAGCUUAAGAUCUAUGGACAGUGGAUGUUGGGAGGACAGCGAAGGCUUUCUAAGGUGGCCAAUCCCUCGAGUCAUCUCUCAAUUGUUGGGAACUUUGUUGGGUCAUUGCUUGGUGCAUCAAUGGGGCUAAAAGAAGGUCCUAUUUUUUUCUUUGCUGUUGGAUUGGCUCAUUACGUAGUCUUAUUUGUAACUCUCUACCAGAGACUUCCAACAAAUGUGACACUCCCGAAGGAGCUCCACCCGGUUUUCUUUCUGUUCGUUGCUGCACCUAGUGUUGCCUCAAUGGCAUGGGCGAGGAUUCAAGGGUCCUUCAACUAUGGAGCACGAAUUGCCUACUUCAUUGCCUUGUUCCUUUAUUUCUCUCUGGCUGUCCGCAUUAAUUUCUUCCGAGGCUUCAGGUUCUCAUUGGCUUGGUGGGCUUACACUUUCCCUAUGACUGGAGCUGCCAUUGCAACGAUUAGAUACUCAAUCGUGGUUACCAACAUAGUAACCAAAAUUUUAACCGUUAUCCUCUGUUCUGUUGCUACCCUUUCUGUUGCAUCAGUGCUCGUAACAACAAUUAUUCAUGCUUUUGUAUUGGGAGAUUUAUUCCCAAAUGACAUAGCCAUUGCAAUAAGUGAAGCGCGGCCUAAACCAACCCUGAAAUGGUUCCACAAAAGAAAUGCCAGCUCAGAUAACAAAAAUGGUGGAAAAUUUCUCAAAUGUUCGAAUUCUGAAGGCAAAGAUAUUGUGGCUGCUUCUUUUUUGAAAGAUGCUGAGAACAGUCACUCUCACAAGGUUUUGGAGACAUUAAUUCUUCCAGUCAUUCUCUAA